AUGGCAACACGCAGUAGAACUUUACUAUUUCUUCAGUAUAGAAAUUCUUAUGCACGAGCACAGAGCUCUGCUCCUCACUUCUCUGCAGGUGCAUCAGAAACAGAAGGGUUAAUUGAGAGUUCAGAUCACGUCAUUGAAAUGUCUGUACUUCCUCCUCAAUGGACGGACAUUGUUGAAGAAAUUGACGAAGCUCUCGAUGCUAUCAAAGAUAAAAUCACCAGAUUAAAAGGCAUGCACAGAAAGCAUUUGCUACCUGGAUUCGAUGACAGAAGCUCAGAUGAGGCAGCUAUUGAAGCACUAACGACAGAAAUUACAAACGAAUUUUAUCGCAUAAAGCGCGAUAUACAGCGUAUUGGGGUUGGAAAGAAUGCUUCUAAUCAAGAAAGUGUCAUUACAAGAAAUAUUCAAACUAGUUUAGCUACAAAAGUGCAAGAAGUUUCAUCGAGUUUUAGAAAGAUACAGUCGUCCUAUCUACAGAGUAAGCUUGGAGAUUUAAGAAGUAAUUUAACCUUAUACAUGAUAAUAGAGAUGCAAGGACAAGAAAAUAAAAAGGGAUUCACGGAAUCUCAAUUGGCUGUGCUGGAAUCAUCUGAACACAAUAUUGAUCAAAGAGAAAAGGAAAUUAACCAGAUAGCAAAGUCAAUACAUCAAUUGGCUGAGAUAUUUAGAGAUUUACAAACACUUGUCCUCGAUCAAGGCACGGUAUUAGAUAGAAUUGACUAUAACAUAGAACAAACAAACAUACAAGUGAAAGAAGCAGUGGUGCAGUUAGACAAGGGAGCAAAAUAUCAAAGUAAAACCAGAAAACGUAAACUGAUGCUACUAUUAAUCUUGAUCAUUAUGCUGUUAAUCGUUAUUUUAAUUGUGAAGCCAAAGAGGAGAUAA